AUAGAUAUUUUUCCCAUACGUCGCCGUUUUCCUGGAAUUUGGUGAAGGCUACAACCAGCGAUACGUUCAUCCGUUUUACUGUUUUCCUCGUAAUCAAUAACCAAAUUCUGCUUGUGAAAGUCGUAACCCCAAGAUGCAGUCUUGAGCAGAAGUGGUAUUUUUCUAUUUUGAAUCAUAGUACGAUCAUUACCUCUUCAACCUAUCCUCGAGCGUUUUACACAGAAGCCCAGUGAGAAAGGCGUAAAAUUUUACCUGAUCCCUAACGCACAUCGGUUUCUUUUUUCUCCCAGUUCCGAUCUAGCAUUCAUUUUUUCAAUUCUUGAUUCUCUUUUCAGUCUUCGAAUCCUUCAUUACACAAUUAAUCUUUGUUUUGAAUCUUGUCUCUCUCCUGAAUUUCCCGUAACUUGCAAAUUUGUAGCUUGUAGCUGGCGCUGGUUCGCAAACUUCUCGUGAUCUUUACCGUUAAUGAGUCCCGGGUAUUCUGGAAAUGCUUUACUGCACCUUAAAUUUAUGACUCUGCGGCGGCGGCCAGAGUUUAUUUUGAAAUGAAAAUGAAUAGUUUUUGCCAGUUCCGUGCACCCCAUUGAAGAAUUAUGGCUCCCCCCCCCCAACCAAAUAAAUCUGCUGCAGUUUGAUCAAAACAUUUUUUAUUCUCUGUUCAUUAUAAUGUUAAACUGGAUAUCGGAAAGAUACCUCGUAUGUAACUGGAAUGAGACCUAUAUUGUAGUUUGCUUGGUCGGGCGGGUUAAAAAUAGGGAUUGUGAGUUCUUUGUAUAAGUUGGGUUGUGCUUCUGAAUAGAAAUUCAUAUGAAACUGGAAGUUGUUAGAUGGUCAUCCUAAUUUCAUGUAUUUAGACGAGAGAAAAGGCAGGGAAGUUGGCUGAUAAAGGAGACAGACCUGACAAAAAUGUUAACCAUAUUCCUUUCUUUCUUGUUGUUAAGCAUUCAUUCCUAUUUUAUGGUCAAGCUUUUCUUUAUUGCCGAUUCCGUGAUUCAUUUCUAUUAGAAGUGAUUUAUGUAGAUAUUUAUGUUAUUGCCUUAGUUUUGUGUUUUGCUAGCUAUACAUUAUCAUGUUCUUUAUUAAAAUAUCAUUUGCAAUUGAAUAAUAAUAUUAAGGAGAAUGACGAUUAUGAACAUCCUAAGAAGUUUAAUAAUAAAUCAAGAUUUUUUUUUUAAAGAUUUUCAAUGCUGAAACAUAAAAGGAUGAGUACUGAAUUUGAAAACUGAAGUUAUUAUGAGAUUCUGAUUUGAGAUUAAUUUUUUUAUGAGGUCUUUAGUUGUUAAUCUCCCAUAAUAUUAUUGUGCUUUAUAUCUGACUUUCACCAGUCGUGGUUGUCAAUUAGGGGCCAAGAAUUAUCGUUGGUCAAAGGCUCAUGUCACUUCCUAAUGAAGAGAACACAUCACAUUCUCAGCUCGCAUCCCGAUUUUUCUGGGAUAUCCUAGAUUCCAUCAUUGUUGAUGUGGCAUCUGAGUGUCACAGAAUAGCAAGGCUGGGUCUUGAUCGUAAUAUAGAGGAAGAGGAAGAUGAAUUGAAGUUGUCAGCACAAGCCAGGGCGAGGGUUGCUGAUUCCAGUAAUAAUAACGAAAUAAAUGGCAAGUAUGUGGUUGACAUAUUUGGACAAACCCAUCCUCCAGUCGCCAGUGAAAUAUUUGAGUGCAUGAAUUGUGGUCGGGCAAUCGCUGCUGGGAGAUUUGCUCCUCAUCUGGAGAAAUGCAUGGGAAAGGGCAGGAAGGCUCGUCCAAAAGUAACAAGAAGUAGCACAGCACAGAACCGACAUUCACGGGGCAAUCAAGCUCCGACAUAUUCUCCAUACUCGAGUUCCUCUAGCACGAACCGGCUAGCGAAUGGAAACUCUGGUGUUGCGGGUGAGGAGCACUCAAACGGGACGUCUGAGCCAUGAAACAUAGAAACAUAGCAGUACAAUGGUUAGCAGUUAACGCCAUAGCUCAUGGUUGCAAUCAAUGCACAGCUUGGUCUCUUGAGGCUUUACUAGAAGCCUGAACCUGUUUUGUUGGGCGUUAUAGUCAUGGUUUGUUGGAGAAGAAUUUUUCUGACAUUUGGGACCCUGAGAGUGAGAAUCGUACAUGUCCAUCAUGAUGCCCAACUUUACAUUGACUGAAAAUCCGCAUUUGUAAGAGAAAAAUACUUCAAAAGAAUGAAAUUUGACAGCCAAGGAUUAAUUCCCCUUGAUACAAAGUCAUUGGAGCUUAUUAUCUGGAAUGAAAUCAUGCUUUCGGUUUCAAAGCUUCA